AUGGUUACGCGCCGCUCCCAUGAAAAGUCACGCUAUGGCUGCAGCAAUUGCAAGCGAAGACGAGUGAAAUGUGACGAGAAGCGGCCAUAUUGCAAAAAUUGCACUCAGCGCAAUGGCACAUGUGUCUAUACCGCACCAGUGCCUUUUGCCUUUGCGAGUAGAUCAGAAAGAUCGGGAACAUCCUCACCAAAGACUGUCAGAUCUUCAUCUGAGGCUAACAGCUCCAUUAGCAACUCUAUCUCCACCCUAGGUGCGACAACUGGGGCAGCUCCACUGAAUUUGGACCAGCUGGAACUUGAGCUCCAGUGGAUCAUGCACACGCACAAGCUUUUCGCAAGAAAUGAAGAAACAAGAAGAGUUUGGGAAAUGCCAGUGCUCCAAGAGGCACUACAUACUCCGUUUUUAAUGCAUGGAAUACUAGCCAUUUCCGCAUUGCACCGUGCUCAUCUUCGCCAGCAUGAGCGUCGAGCGGAGUGGCUCAAUAUAGCGAUCACGCAUAAGAUCACGGCACUGGCUCUCUUUUCAGAACAGCUGCAUCAUAUCCAUGAGUCUAAUGCAAGAGCAAUGAUGAGUUUUGCCGGAAUUGCAGUUGUGUUCAGCUUUGCGAGCGCUGUGCAUUGUGCCGGCCCCGACGAGGGGCCUAGUCUGAAUGCCUUCGUUGAUAUCUUGAUACUGGCUCGCGGAGUUCAAGCAGUCGGGAGCCAAGCGAUGGAAUUCCUUCGACAUAGCAAUUUUGCCCCCUUAUUCGAUAUGACUGACCCCGGGGCAACGGUUCCUGAUGAUGUUCUUGCAGCGCUUGAUUAUCUUGAUGAUCUAAAUGCUCAGUAUAGUCAGCAAGGGAAUCAUGAUGGACAGUCCUACGAGUGUGCGAUCCAAAUUAUGAAAGAUCUGGCCCCUUUUACCUAUGCAGAGCGAACGUCAUUGACAGUAGUGGGUGGGUGGGCUAUUCGAUCUCCGCCAGGUUUUUUGGAAAAACUGAAAAAGCGCGAAUCAUUUGCUUUGGUGAUACUUGCACAUUUUUGUGCGUUUCUGCACAUCGCUGCAGAGAACUGGUGUAUUGGAUCCUGGGGUCGACUCCUUCUAGGGGAAAUAGUGCAGGUCUUGGAUGCCGACUGGCAACGUCAUAUUAAAUGGGCAGUAGUGCAAGUUUUGAGAUGA